CGCCGCACGACCCGACCACCGCCGCCCGCCCCCUUAGAGUACUCGCCCGCCCGCCCGCACGCUCGCCGCGAUGUCCUCGAUGCUCAACAAACGCCAGCAAGCGCGCAACGAGAAGAUCUUGCAAGACCUGAUCAAGAGUGUUCCCGGCAACGACCGAUGCGCCGACUGCGGGACCCGCAAUCCAGGUUGGGCUAGUUGGAGUUUGGGCAUAUUCUUGUGCAUUCGCUGCGCAUCGCUACACCGGAAACUGGGCACGCAUGUGUCGAAAGUUAAGAGCAUCUCGAUGGAUGCUUGGACGAAUGAGCAGGUGGAGAGCAUGCGGAAAAAUGGUAAUGCGAGAUCGAACACAUACUUCAACCCCGACCCGCAUAAGCACCCACCACCGCUAUCGCAGGAGGAUGCCGACAGCCACAUGGAGCGGCAUAUCCGCGCGAAAUACGAGUACCAGACCUUCCGGCGUGAAGGGAACGGUGCAGCGCCGAGUUCGAGCGCGGCUGCUGCGGUUAGUGGUGGGGGGUCGAGCACGGCGAAGUCUUCGUCCUCGUCGGGGAGACGAAAGUUGGGAUUGGGAUUGUUCCGUUCGUCGUCGCCUGGUGGCCAGGGGAAGGUGAAUCAGAUUCUGGGUACCAACAACGCGCCGUACACGGAUAGUCGUCCGCCGCCGGGGCCCGUGGUGUUCCCACACGGUAUGGCGGCGCCGACGCUGUUCGAGCUCUAUGGUGAGCAGAUUAAGAAUCUCUCCGAGAUGGGGUUUACGGAUGUCAACCAGUGCAUUGAGGUCCUCAAGCAGACGGAUGGGAAGAUGAUGGAUGCCGUCGAGAUCUUGAUACGGCUCAACAAGGCAGAGGAUCGACGACCAGAACCCCCCCCAAAGAACGGGUUGACCGUCCAGUCACACAAGAGCGGGCCCGCGGCGGUGCUCCGUCACAGUGUCAAUUUGACGACCACCCCCGCGUCGUCGUCGUCGUCGAAUCCCUUCGAAGAACUGGAUAAAGAGCAGCCUCCGCUCCCGCCACUCCCACUCUCACAGGCACGCACGGGAGGAAGCAUGCCGUCCGUCCAGCCAAUGUUCUUCCAGCAGCAACAGCAACAUCAACAGCAGCAGCAACAGUACCCCGUGCAGCAAGCAUGGCACUCACAGCUCCUCGGGUACCAGCAGCAGCAGCCACAGCAGCAGUUCGCAAUCCCUCAAAACAACAAUAACCCCUUCGGCGUCGCACCAACCCCGACAGCACCGAUGCAAUACCCCGCCUCCACCGGAUCCUCCUACAAUCCGUACAUGUCGGCGCUCCCCUCACCGGCAAACCCCUACCAGCAACAAUUCCAGCAGCCACAACAACUCCAGCCACAGCAACUCCAACCACAACAACUCCAACCACAACAACUGCAAACAAACCCGUACCAGCAAUUCCAGCAGCCACAACCACAAUUCCAGCAGCAGCAGCAGCAGCAACAACAACAACAGCAGCAGUUCUUCUCACCGCAGCAACACCAGCCGCAACCGCAAAGCAUCGACAAAUCGCAAAUCCUGGCGCUGUUCAACGCACCGCAACUCGCGCCGCCCAGGAGCGAGCUGCAGAUCGAAGUCACCGGUAGCCAGCCCCCACCACAACCCCCGCAACCCCAGCAAAUGCAAAUGCCCCAGGCUGCAAGCAAUAACCCGUUCCUCCCCGUUGCCGUCCAGAACCAGAGUCACCGCAGCCAGGAGAGUGUUGACUUCGGCGCCUGGCAGAGCGGGAGGCAUAGUCCGGACGCGUUUGCGAGUCUGGCGUUUGGCGGGAGGUAGUGUUGCAUAUUUCGUCUGGGUGGGUGGGUUGGUGGGUCG